CUAAUAUUUAACCUCGAGAUCCACUCAUAAAUUGAAGAAAAAAAAAAAGAAAAAAUUCAUGUGGAAAGACAUACUUUCUCUGCAACUCGCCUGGCGUCUCCGGCCGCACCAAUAUAGAUAUAGAUAAUACGUACUCUUUAGGGUUUGGAGUCUAGUCUACUCUAGUCCCUUGCCUCUUUCAAAUUCUCUAGCGUCUGGGAUUAAAAAAAUGGCUAAUCAGCUGCACGGUUACAACUCCGUCUACGGCGCGGCACCUGCCACUGCCACUGCCACUGCCGCUCCAACUCUUUCCACCACAUACUCGUCUUCCCGUUCCCUCUCCGACAUCGUCUCCGGCCGUUAUCUUCUGCCAGACUCGCUGUCCUCCAGUCUCUCCAUAAAGCACUCUGUAACUGAUCGUGCCUCCAUGUUUUCGACCCAGAAAGAAGCCCUUAUGUUAUCGGCUGCCGAUAUUGUCCCAAGAACGUCGCAUUUGGUCUCUUCAUUCUCUUGGCCGGGUUCUGAUGUUGCUGUUGCGCUUGACUCUGUUGUUUCUGGCAUCAAACGUUCUUCUGACGAAAACAUCACCGAUGGGAUACUGAUAUGUUAUAAUUCUUUUUACUGCUUUCGCCACCAAAUGGCAUUCGAGAUCGUGGGGCUUUGUUUUGGCUUCAGUGCUUCGAUUCGUGGUGUUCGCUGUCUUUUUCGUAUAUUGCUCUACGAUCAGACUGUUUUGGGUUCCUAUAACACUUUGGGGCAAAGUGAAGCCUGGUAUUCUUCAAAUUCUUUAGCCAAGCGUCCUAGAUUUGAAAGUACAAGCAAUUUGCCUGUAUAUCCACAGAGGCCAGGAGAGAAGGACUGUGCCCACUAUAUGCUCACAAGAACCUGUAAAUUUGGGGAUAGCUGCAAGUUUGACCAUCCUAUUUGGGUUCCUGAAGGUGGAAUCCCAGAUUGGAAAGAGGUCCCACAAAUAGCUAAUGGUGAAGAUCUUCCAGAAAGACUUGGGGAGCCAGAUUGUCCAUACUUUUUGAAAACUCAAAGAUGUAAAUUUGGUUCAAGGUGCAAGUUCAAUCACCCUAAAGAUAGGUCUGAUUCUGUGGGUGCUGAGAAAUCUGAUGCGUUGACAUUACCUGAGAGACCAUCUGAGCCACUGUGUGCAUUCUAUGUUAAGACUGGAAAUUGCAAAUUUAGUGUCAACUGCAAGUUCCAUCACCCAAAAGAUAUCCAAACUUUAUCAGGGGAAGAAAAUGGAAAUAGUGAACAAACUUUGAUGGCUAAGACAGAAGAGAGAAUUGGGGACUUCAAGCUUGUUAAGCCUCCUGUUUCAUUUUCUCCAGCCCUAAUACACAAUUCUAAAGGACUUCCAAUUAGACCGGGUGAGGUGGAUUGUCCAUUCUACUUGAAAACUGGCAGUUGCAAGUAUGGUACCACUUGCCGCUACAACCACCCUGACAGAAAUGCAAUCAAUCCAUCUACUCCUGCAAUGGUUCAUCCUGCUAUGGUCUCAGCUGCUAAUAUGAAUACCGGAAUUGUUAAUCCUUCUAAUGCUAUUUAUCAAGCUGUUGACCCCAGAUUGAUUCAGCCAUUGUUGGGAUCUAGCUCAAGUAUUUACCCUCAACGACCCGGGCAGAUAGAAUGUGACUUUUAUAUGAAGACUGGGGACUGUAAAUUUGGGGAACGCUGCAAAUUUCAUCAUCCUAUAGAUCGGUCAGCACCAAAGCAGGGUGCUCAACAGACUGUGAAACUAACACUAGCAGGACUACCGAGGAGAGAGGGAUCUGCUUAGCAUCUUAACAAAAAAGAACCAACCUGAAUUAAGGAUACCUGAUGGAACAUGAAUGAAGAGUCUUCCUCCAGUCGUAGGCCAAACAACACAUCUUAUCCGCCACCUUGAAGAAACACGAAUUUUUGAAAGCUUCAUUACUCCAGAAGUGUCUUGACCACUUUUGACAAAGAAACUGGAUGUUGGGAGUUUUAGAAGGGCAGAAAUAUUCUCCACAAACCACAGGAGCUGUGAUGUAGAUAAAGAUAUAUGCUUCUUGGCUUCCACGUCUUCUAUGAUGAAGUUUGCUUCUUGUAGGUGAGCACAGAAAUGGACUUCGUUUAUCCUGCAGCUAAUAACUUCCAAAGAAGAGUUAAUCGGCAGAGCUGGGGAAGUGGAGUUAAGGAUCUUGGGUAAGGAGGUUGGGAGGGGGUUUAUCUUGGCCAUGAAGAUCGAGUGUGGAGGAAGGCAAGAGGACAGAAGGAGGGUAGAAUUCUUCGUUGGUUGGUUGUAUGGAAGUUGUUUUAAUAGAAUUAUUGUGGUCGUGUCGACUGAAAUUGAGUUGACUCACUCUAAUGGCCCACUUGCGAUUGUUAGUGUUGCAACGUUAUUAUGUUGCAAAAAUAAUAUAAAACAUAGUAGAUUAGUUGUUUGUUUUCCUCGUCGACGUCUGAUACUUCCCAUCUUUCACAAUCUUCACUGUCUUUCUCAAUCUAUGUCGGCCAGGAAGUCUUUAAAUCUGAAUCUUCUUCCAUUUGAAAUCAACCUUUUAAAAGGUCUUCAAUGACGACUUCGAAGUUGAUUACUUGCAUCUUCUACACGGUGGUGGUGUUAUUACAAUUAUCAUUUGAUCCUGAUUUCUUUGAUCCGACUGUGAUUAAAUUAUGUUCUAUAGAAACAAAGCUUCUGAGUUAUUGCCUGGAACAGAGCCCAUGAUUUUCCCCUGGGAUGUGCCUUUCUCCGGUUAUGGGGGAUUUCAUCGUUGAGUAUGUGAAGAAUAUGAACGAAAGGAUUAAUUAUCACAAGACUCGACUUUUUUAGUUUGCAAGUGAUUUAUCUGUUGAGUCUUCUUAUUAUCUUGUGGAGUUUAUUUUCACCGACCAAAUGAGUAUGCAAUUGUGAGCAAUUUUAUAGGUGAACCAAUGAGCAUCUAAAACAAUCGAAUAACU